GGGCCAUUACAAUGCUAUCAAAGGUUAGGUUGAGCCCAUUAAGAAGUUGAUGAAUUACAGUGGUCUUAGGUAUUGGCAUAAGAAAAUUAUUGCAUUUUGAAGUUUUGCUUAUUUUCACAAAUCAGUUGUAGGCCUCAUCCUCAGUGGAGUCUGAGUUAGAGAUAUAGAAUGAUGCCAAAUAUUUUAUGAAUAAGAUAUAUAAAAGUACAUAUUUCGUGGAUUUGCGAAGGAUCUCCGACUCCACUGAAAUACCACCAAAACAUAAAUUCAAACCAAGUUCUACACUUUUGGAGGGACAAUGGAAAUACUAAAUAUUUUAACUUUGAUUUAGUUGUAGUGUUUGGUUGUCUUUAAAAGCAAUAAGGUGUAAUGAAGUGAGAAGCAAGUUUUCUCCCUGUUGUGGCAGUGAGACUAUGUAUCUUCCUUCACGUACCCAGUGAAUGAAGCUUUUUAUACUUAAAUAUAUUGAAGCGGGGGUGAAGAACUAGGUGUGGUAGGGGAUGAGGAGAGUUUGGAUCGAGGGAUUGAUCUGAGUGAGCUAUGUGUUCAGUGGAGUGAGUAGGGUAGAAUGAGAGGGAUAGUUUAUAGAGAGUGGGAAGAGGAGACUGAGAAGAAAGGAAAAUAGGAUGAAAUGAAUGAAGUUGCAUGGCUCAGUCAGUAUACAUGUCUGCCCAUCAUGAUCGUGGGUUCGAGUCACCGGGUGGAUGGCUGUGUGUAAACGUCUCUAUAGUAUGCUUCAUAGAUGCAAGUAAUGAAUUACAGCUAGUGGAAAACACUCUGUCCCUCGGAUAGGACGCUAUAUGCCCUGUGUAGAGGAGAGUCGCCACACUGAUACCUUGGCACUACAAGAGUAGGGGGAAACCCUGGUGUAGUGGUCCACCUUCCCUCGAUCCCCAAUCAGUAGGAGAGACCUGUACUGAUUCAGUUCACUUUUUGUCUCGGGCACGGGUGACACCAAAACAAAUGAUAGUCACAUGCCAAUAAUAAGACUGGGUCCCCCCCCCCCCCCCCUGGCCAGCUAUAUAGCCAACCCUAUUUAUAGAAAUAAAGAGAGACAGGGAAAAAGUAUUCACCUGAUCCAUCUCUAAAAGGAAAAUUGAGGGAUAAUUCCUAGAUUUUCAAUAUAAGGUUAAGGAAAUAUAUAUAGUCAUAUCAUAUCAGGGGCCACAUGAAAAAUUGUGAGUUUGUUAAAGUUUGCGAACUAAAUAGUAAAAGUGAAAUUUUGGUUUGAAAAAUAUAAAAUACCAAUAAAUGGAAUAGAUCGAUUUGAACCAGCUAGUGAGUCCCAUUCAUUUAUUGUAUAGCAGUUUAUUUUGUCUUUUCCAAUAUAAAAAUAUUUAGCAUUCUUCAAUUUAGCCUUUUUUUUUUCUAUUGAAUCACGUCACAUCGAGUCCCUCACGUCACGCACGUGCAUAUGCACCUUGAACCUUAACCUGGAACAGCACCAAUAACGUGCAACAAGUGGGUAGAGGAUUGGAGGUUCAAGACGAUCAAACAAGACUAUAUAGUUUAUGAUGUACUCUUUCACGUCUAUGCGAGUAUUUUCAAAUAACGUGCACCUAUAAAUGUCCAGUUCGUACUUUUGCAGGAAUUUUCAGGUACUUUGAUUACCGCAGUCCUGUUACAUUUCGUCAAUACUAAUUUCAAUUCAAGCUUCCCGUGCAGCAGGCGAUGCCAGCGGCAGGUCUGUUGUCUACAUCCCCUGGAGUUCCGGCUGGGUGAACUUGUCAACUACACUCUCUUCUCCCACUGGCGCUGGCUGCUAAGGCUAGCUGCUGCUGUUCGUCUGAAAGUGAAUUGAACUGAAGACGCGACGUGAAGACACGCAAAUGAUGGAUGCGAUACUGAAUGAUGAGAAGAAGGCAGAAGAUGAUUAUUACGUGCUGCUUGGAUGUGAUGAAUUGUCAACAACGGAGCAGAUUAAUGCCGAAUUCAAGGUCCGAGUUCUAGAAGUGCACCCAGACAAACGUCCUGAUGAUCCCCAUGCUGUUGCAAAGUUCCAAAAGCUCCAGCAGGCACGGGACACUCUGACGGACGAGAAACUACGGCAUGAAUACGACCUCUGGAGGCGGAGCGGUCUGUCUAUUCCCUACGAAGCAUGGUGUGCUACAAGAGGAUCAGUUCACAUGACAAUGCAUUGGGCAAUGAAGAAGAAGAAAGAACCUAUGCUGGAGGAUGGUUCUCAACUUCAACAGACAUCGUCGACCUCAUCACAAAGUUGCCCUGGGCACAGCACUGACUCUUCCGAUGGAUCAGUCCCUUAUGCUGGUGUGCCGCCAAGCUGGUCGAGAGAGAAAGGAGACGAUGUCCUUAAAAAGUUCAGAAGCUACCAAGUCUAAAUAUUCAAACCACCCUCCUGCUCUAACUUGCCAUUUUCCAUCGUCAUCAGUACCAUCAAGUUUCUAAUCAAUUAUUUCAUUUUUUCUGGGAAUCUAUGUUUACACGUACGGUAUGCUUUUUAAGAAUUUGCUCUUAUUUCAUGUCAUUCUUUUUAGUUUAUAAAACAUUGAAUGUAAUUAUUGUCAUUAUGUUCUAAUUUGAUCAAGAGUAUCUGUUUUUGUGGAAUGUAAAACAAUUAAUCCAAUCAAAUCAGAGCAAGUCAGUCAUCUUCAAUUGAGUUUAAUAAUGCAUUGCUCGGAGUGUGUUGGGUUAAGUGUGCAUGUAAUAUAUUUAGUAAUUGUCUGAAGCUAUAACGAGGACAUUUUUUUGUGGGGGGGGGGGGGUAAGCUAUAGAAGUACACAUUCCCGUAGGAUUUUGUUUCAUUCGUAUGGAUAAAUUAUAUUUCUUCAAUGUUUGUGUUAAAUACUGAACACUCCUAUCAAAUUUAAUUGAUUUCCGUCAACUUUUUGAUCCGUCUUUCCUUGCAAAGAGCACAUCGUCAAAUUUUCGUCAAGUAUGUACGAGAGUAUUUGUUAUUUGUAAGGCAUGCAUCGUUAUGACACUACUGGUGUUUGGUAUUCAAAUGUUUAUGUCUACUAGUAGAAUGUUCAUGUACAAGAAUACAUGUACAUAUAUUUUAUUGUAAACAGGUGUUAUAUAUUAACUGGGAGUUUAUUGUGUAUUGGUGAUUGUACAAUGUACAUGUGUAAUAUAUAUUUGAUUGUAAACAUUUGUUAUAUAUAUGAAAUGGGAAUGUAUUCCAAUAUAUAUUUCAUUGUAUAAAAGCAUUGCUUACAUGAUACAUAUUGUAUGUAUUAAAAAAUCAUG